GAUACAAGAGUGGGAGGUUUACAAUCCUCCACUUUUCCAGCUGAAUGUCUCCGGGGAGUAUCAAACUACCACGUCUGCAGAGGGUAGAGAGGGGAAGAAGAGAGGGGAUCAAAAUAAGCAGAGUGCAGGACAGAGAAGAGGGGACAGCGAGGAGUGAAGACAGUUUUAUGAAAACAAAGACGGCUGCAGCAUCUGGAGCGAAGCGCGAGCUGAAUCAGGACAAAAAUACGCACAGCCUCCAGUCCCAGAUCCCACACUUCCUGCUUCCCAUGUCCGCUCCUUUGGUUAAAAGUUGAAAAAAAAAGAAGAAUGCAAGGGCUUUUUAUGUAGCUGCCAUUGUUUCAGUAACUCAAGUAAUAAGUAGCAGACGCACUGCUGCAUAUCUCCAGGAGUCGUUCUUUGUGAAAAACGAGUCGAACUUUGCUGCGCACGGAAACUCGUUUAUAGGAGACAUUUUUUCAUAGAUGAUGUUUUGACAACUAGCAAAGACAAGAUUUCGUCAGCUCUUGCAAGAGGAUCUGUCUGCUUUAGUUGUUUUUGGACAGUCACGGGAUGGCACCGGAGCUCAAAUCUCUUGUCCGGCUGCUGCUGCUGGCGGUGGUGUGGGAGCUGAGCGCGCAGGGAGCGACGGAGCGACAAGUCAAUCCAGAGGUGAGGCAUGCUGCCAAAAAAAAAUCUGUGCUAACGGGAAGUGGUAAACAAAAAGGCUGAAAACAUAUCAAGAAAUUAGCUGAAAUAGAGUCAAAAAAGUAAGUCAGAUGACAGAUCAAGUUGUUAAGGCAGAAAAAAAAUCAUUAACCAAGUAAUUUAACAGGAAAAUAGGUCCAGAAUUAAGUAUAUCUAGAUAAACAAAUCUUUAGUUAUGUGAUGAAUCUAGAUAAUUUUUCACGAAUCAAGAAAUUACUUGUUGAAUGGGUUCAUUGCAUUUUAGAUGUUUUUUCUGUCUUGAUUAAUCUCUUGAUUCUAGCAUACUUAUAAGGCUUGAUAUUUUGAUUCAAAUAUCAAGCCAUAAAUUAAAAUAAUGUGAUUAAUCUGGAUAAAUAUUCUUAGAAUUUAGGGUAUUCCAGACAAAUAGCUCUAGAGCUAAUUGAUAAACCCCUGAAGCAACUAACUUAUUAAGAUAAAUAAAUCCUGUAUCAAGUCAUAAAUCUGAAUAAACAAAGGUUGGCUUUAGUGAUGAAUCCAGAUAAAUAAAUCAAGGAGAAAACUCUGAAAAGUGCAGACCAGGGGAUUAAACCAAACUGAUGAAUGCAGAAGAAGAGAAUUAGCUAGAUAAUAAAAUCAGAGGUCAUCAAAAACUGAUGCAGAAGCUUAGACUUCAAAGACAAGCAAAACUAAUGAUUAGGGCACAAAGGAAGGACAAACGUUUUAGACAAUGGAAGAACAUAAGAGUAAGCAGUGUGAUAAAAGGUUUGACUGCUUUUUUGAUCUCACACUGAACCAAUUUAAAAAAAAAGUUUUCUGAAUUGUUAAAAAAAGAAAGAAAACCGGGGCUGUUCAUAACAUACUGUGCAGUUUUCACACAUGUACACAAGGCUUUGUUCAAACUUGGCAUCCAGAUGGACAAUGAUUUCAGCAGUUGCCUUUGUUGGCUCAGAGAUCUGGGAAGGGCUCUGACCCCGGGUUAGAGGAAGCAGCCCAUAACGAUGAUGGCGCUCGUGAAAACACUGAGAAAUGCUGAGUAAGAAAAAGCUGGAGAGCAAGAGAAAAAGCAAAUAAGGAGAAAUGCAUGAGCUUGUAUUGUGGUCUGCACAGAGACAGAGGCAAUUUUUGUGGGAGUGGGGGGAUUGAUAGUCGUGGGUAUAGUUCUAUUCAGAGGGAUGGGGAGAUGUAAUUGUUGACAUCUGUCCUGAGUUAAGGCUCGGUGGACUGUGAGGAGGUGGGUUUUACAAUCUGAGAACUUCUGCAGCAUCUCAGCCAUGGUCAGUUGUGGAAAAAUACCUACCACAGUUUAAACUCCAGCUCAGUACAUUAAAGACUUCCAAAACCCACUGAGCUGAGGUAGCAGGUCUAAGCAGUGUUGUGGGGUCAGGAUGACUGUGCUUAUAUUUUCCUGUUUUCUUUCCCUGUUCUGUUUAUUCAGCUUUGAUCCCAUCUGCCUGCAGUGUCACUCAUUCUCACCAGAUUAGCAUUAGGAAGUUUGGGGUUACUGUUGCAGGAUGUGACUUAGUUAUCAUUCCUCCACACACCUGCUUCCUCCAGCAUCAUUAGUAAAAACUAUCUGUGUGUGUGUUUGUUUGUGGGACCUGGAGAAAAGAGUUUGUGUGCAAGAGCAAGGAGGCCUAAAUGAUUUGAGUAGGCUGAACAGUGGCGCCAAGCAUCUCUGUAAUCACUGUACCCUGCUUUGGCCUGUGGGAUAAUAUUUCCAGCUGUGCUGGUGGAAGAAAGUCGAGUUAACACCACUGACCUACAUACAGCUCUCAAAUUAAGGAAUCAACAUAUUUCAUUUAUAUUGAUUUAAAUGGAAACAGGAGAGCCAGCCAAACACCACAAAUGACUACAUUUUAAUUAAAAACUUAUGUGAAGAGUUUGUAGCUGGACAUUUAACAAGCUAAAAUGAAUCCUGACCUACAAAAGCAGGCAAGACCAUCAGCAACAUGAUUGUAUAUUUCUAUAGUUAUUUUUAAUGUUUGUAUGUUGUAGCCUAAGCAAUGCCAUAGGGUGAUGUCAGGAGAAAGUGAGUCAGAGCACACCAAAGAAGAAGCCUUUGUUUACAUUUUCUACAGAGUGAGUGAUAUGCUAUGUAAAAGACAUUUUUCCUCAGAAAACAUCACUUAGGCUGGCCACACACUGGAUGGUUUUAAACUCUUGCUAGGACCCAAUUUGCCAACCUCAAUGAUGGAGGCAUGGCCUGAUUCAAGGCUUUUUGUAAUCAAUUAUUUGUCCAAAUAAUCCCCUCAUGGGUGGUGUCAAUAUGACUAUAUUGCCUUAGACUGAGUCAGAGCUGCCCCAGCCUGGGAUUGUAAAUAUAGAAAAAUUUGUAUGAUAUUGAUGACCCUAUAACCAACAAGAGAGGUAAAGUAAGGAGCAUCAACAGAUGCUGUGUACUUCAACAAAUCACAAACAUGGCAAAGCAGUGAAAUACUGAAGACAAAGACUAGCUUCUGGUAUUGAGGCAACAACACCAGAGCCUUUAUAGUGUCUCAUGCAUGCCAUAUUGCAAUAGGGCCAGGAAGAAAAAGGGCAUGUGGUUAUCUAUGACAUCUCGUGUCUGUGGAAUCACCCCUGUGAAAUUUUAAACACAAAAAUGUUUCAAAUUCAAUGAAACACAAAAGUUUAGGGUGUGAUCAGCCAGACUUCUGCAACCGUCUAGUGUGUGUUCAGAGGGUUUCAACUGGUUUUAAAAUUGGUUAGGUGGAGUGUAGUCAGGCAAGAGGUGUGCUUUGUCCACAAGGAGUGCCAAAGUGACAUAAGCUGAGAAUACAUCACUGGAGCAGGAAAAUACAUUUUAAAAAUGUGUCACUUUGAAUGAAUAAGUAUGAUUUGAGAAGCAAUUUAGGUCCAAUGAACAAAGACCUAAUGAUGCUUUAGGUGCAUGUAUGAAGGAAUUUUCUGAGUAAAUUGGUAAAUAUGUCAGGAAUCAGACAGUUGUUGGUGAAAAACCCUUACACACUGCAAUUUUCUUCCCAAAAUAACAGCCUACCAAAAACAUCUUAUUGCGACAUUUUUGCAUGUCAGCGAAAAGGGCUGCGCUGAGAAAAAAAUAUGGUGUUGAUUUUGUAGCAGUUUACCUUGUAAAAAGGCAGUUACAGCAAUCAACGGUUUACUGACGGUAGAGACUAAAAAAAGGGAGAUAACAAGUUGAGUCCUUUAAGAGUCUUUUGGUCAAGAUUAUUGAAUCUGGUCAAAAAGAACUUUAAAAUUAACACAAAAUGAGAAACCUGACUAACAAAGAGCUCUAAACAUGUUAACUGUUGUGUUUACAUCAGAAAGCAGCAUAACUGCUACUACACAGUUGUGAUACAAAUGGCCGUUAAGUACACUGACCGACAAGUUUAGGCGGAAAUUUGCACCAAGUGCGGGACAAGCUUGGCCUCAAGUUCUCUGGAAAGUGUGCUGCUCAAUGAGUUUAUAUUCAUUUAGUGAUUCAUGUCCUCUAUUUUUAUGGCAUUUCUUGGAAAACCACAUGAGGAAGAUGUUUGUGACUUCAUAAGUUGCCUACACAAACCCACAGCUGACCAAUAUUACUACACAGCUCCUCUACAGUGUAGGAUGUUUUAAUCAGCUAGACUCUGAUUAAGUGAGUGGUUGUGUUUGCGUCUACAUUGGUGAGAUAAACAUUUGGGGGAUGCAAAGAUGCUAAAGUCAUUUCCUGGGGUCUUAGGCAGAGGAAGCAGACAGCUGAGUUUUGCAUCUAAAACACCUAAGUAACUCAACGGCCACCUGCUGAUGACACGCACAUCUUCCGUCACGCGUGCGUAUAUUUUUUUCUUACAUGAGCGCACGCACACGCAGAAAUGUCCUGGAGCUGAGGUCAUCGAUUACAAAAGAGGAUAUAAAAUGAGAUGAUUAAAGCAGAACUAAGAAGACAGUGAGGAGGCUGUUUAUGAGUAGAAAGGAAGCCAUUGUGGUGCUGGGAGUGAUGCAAUCUGGGAAAAAGGCAAUUGGAAAAUGGAGCAAUUAUUUUGUUGAAAAGGACAGGAAGUAUAUCAUGGCUGUCAUGCACACAUCCUGUAUGAAUGCAUGCCUUUCUUUUCUUUCUUCUAAAGAUAAUUCAAAAAGGAUUUAUAGCUGGCAUUACACAUGUCCCAUCAGGAUUUCUUACUAGUCUUUAGAGGAACAAAAGGAAGGAUGGGAGCAUAGAUUUUAGACAAAGCCACAUCCUGGAGGUCACCAGUGGGUGGCCUAGAGGUAGUCUCUGAGGAAAGAUAGGAGGUGUUUCAGGAAAUAAGCUAGUAUGAAAAGUCAUUACCUCAUUUCCUGUUCACAAAGGAUGCAAUGAGCAAAUUUCAGGGAUAAUUUUCCUCCUUUUUCCAAACACAAAAUCCUGCCAUGGUGUUUUAUUUGGGAUUAAAUUCUUUCUCAAAUGACACUGGCAGAGCCGUGUGUUUUUCCACCUUUUGUCUUUGAGCUUUAUUGGUGUCAGUGGCUGGAGAACUCUUGUAUAAAAAAACCCAGCUGGUGGAAAUAGACACACAUGCACACACUUAAGGAUUUAAUGGCUUUUCUACAUGUGUUCAGGCUAGAGGGGUCUGCAAACUCAUAAAUGCCCUCCUAGAGUAUCCUCUAAGAUUUUGGUGAUGAAAGAGUUAAAUAUCUCAAUUGUACCAACACAUUACUCCAUCACACUCACACAGUUAACAGCAAAUAACAAGCUGCUGCAAGCAAAGUGGAAGCAGUAAUUUCACAUGUUUAUGGCAUCUGACAUAAUACUGCAGCUCUCUGGGCAGUGAGUGUGUGUCUGUGUGUGCAUGUGUGCAUAUGUGCUGUAUACCCAGCAUGCUUCAGUUGGACUCCCAUCACUGUUGAAUAGAGUUUCUUUCCAUUGGCCUCCCUCCAAACGGAACAACUGACUCCCUCUCGCUCACUCUCUCAUCCUAUGUAAAAAGAGCGUUCUGCCCCCUCACAUGCAUAGCAACCGCUGUUUGAUUCGUGUAUAUCUUCCAUUAAACAAUAAAACACAUGUACUGGCUGAGAAGCCAGCUGUGCCCUUCACCUCAAAAUCCUGGAAACAGCUUUCUAAAAAGUCCCUUGAGUUGGGAAUCAAGCAAUUGAAAGCAGCAGUUUUAACUUCACUAAAAUUGGUGUAAAUGGGGUUAGCUUAAAGUUAAGAUAAACUGUUUAAAAACUGCCUAAAGUCAUUGCUAAACCACCAAAACUGCUGACUCAUACAAAAAGGGGACUGGUCAAAGUGGACAGUUUUAAGUCAUCUAAAAACCUUCAGAAAAAACUAAUUUAUCAAAAAAAUGGUAAGAAAGGCUGGCUUAAAGCUAGGUUAAACAGUAAAAAUACAUAGCUUAAACAUAUUUAUAUGUAUAAACAAUCAAAUGUUGCUAACAGUUAGCUUAAAGUGAUGGUCAAGUGAUGUGAAUGUUAAGGAUGUUUGCGUUUAGUUGACCAAAAGAUUCAACGUAGGUCACCCUUGCUAGCUAGAACUAGAACUAGUGGGUUAAACAACAAGGCAGUAAUGUGUUUAUUUCUGUUGGCUGAAACUUCUGGUCAUGUGUGGUGUCAAGGCUAAAGUGCAGUUGCACACCUCCAGGUAAUGGUUUCUGUCAUAAUGCUAUAAUCCUGCACUGAACAAGCAAGGAUGACAAAUGGUAUCUUGGUAUCAUUUGCCAGUAUUUUGUUGGAGAAAACAGAGAUAAAGUUGUAUCUUGGUUGACUCUGGUGAACUGAAGUGGAGCAAUGUGUUACCCGCUCAUUGGAUGUUAACCUGCAAGAAAAGAAAAGGCUGGUGGGGCUAGCUUUGCUAUCAUUAGCCACGCUCAGCAAACAGAUUUGAUAUGGUUUACCUCUAGAGCCUUUGAUCCCUUGUUUUGUCUUUUGUCUGGGUUUCAAGUAUUUUCUUACCUUUAGACUUGUUGGCUGGACAGAACUUAAACUUAAAUAACUUGAAAAGAUGCAAUAAAGUCAUGAAUGAACACUUAAUAUGAUUACUUUGAGUGAUGGAUAGAAAAAUUAAAAUAUUAAUUGUAAAUCAAAGGGUAUUCAAGCUGUGUGGCAGGAAUCGCACAGAAGUUGGGAGCCAUUGCUUCACCUACAUCAAAAGACUGUAAAAGUUUAGGCUGUCAUCCCUUAUGCCGCAGUAAAUAGUGCCCAUUUCCUCUUCCUGCUACUGCUUUAGCAGCUGCUCAGCCCAUAAGUGUGGUCAAAAAAUAGCUGAGAGUAACAGUGAAUAAGACUUUGUCAAGUCAACGUCGGGACCCAUGAAAGAGGUGUGGGAGUCAAGAACAACUGUUCAGUGUCACUCAACAGCAGUCUUUUGACUGAGCCUGGAGUUAACUCGGGGUCUCUUGUAGUAAAGAAAACACAGAGAAUGUGUAAAAUACAGGACUAAGGUUUUGAGCCCAGCCUAGCCUUGAACACCCUCUUUUCCAACAUUCACAGUAAAAUAAGUCCAGCUCUGAGAUGCUAACGUUUGGUUUUUCCCACUCAUGUGGAUGUGCUACAACAGUGUCAAACAGUGAGUCUUUAUGUGUCCUCGGGAACUCCAUGGGUGAGUCAGAACCAGAAAGGGCUCAUUCAGGGGUGAAGUCUAAACACAGAGACCUCCAUGUCUCUUUAAGACAGACACCAUGGGAGACAUUAGACCCUCAAGCGCCUCCAACAUGUCACGCUGCCAUUCACUCCUGCCCAAACUCACACAAUUAAAGUCAUCUGUAAAUAUAAACUAACAGACCCAAGCAGAUAAUCCAUGUCAGCACAACUUGGGCAAAUUUGCUUUGCACUGUACACAAUAAGUGGAAAAAUGCUGAAACACUCUAUUUAGUAACUUUAAGCUGCAGCUAUACAGCAAUAAUUGAGCAAAUCUGGGUGUGGUUGUUCAUGAGUAUUUGCCCUCGAGUCUCUGGGUUUUCCAUAAGACAGGGAUGAAGGAAAAGAGAGGAGCAGGGGUGGAGUGAAGAGUUGAAGACAGAGACAUGGAUGUGGGGGAAGAGUUUGACUUUGAGGUUUGGAUGCAACAGGGUAGAAAUUCCCAGUUAAAUUACUGACUGACGCUGCUGCUCGGCUGGAGACAUAGGCUGAGGUUGCCCAAGGCCUGAGUCUCACCCUGGGACACUCCCUAUCUUUCUUUUCUUUCUCUUUUGACCUCCUUCUCUGCACAAACAACACUUCUACCUGUGAUUUCUAAAGAAGAUGAUAUGAAAAGAAUUCAUGAUUGGAAUCAAGCUCCUGUGUGUGAAAAACCAACAAUCCCUAAACAAAAGCCAGUUUUGUGGGUGAGAACUCUUCAUCUGUCAGCUCUCCACUAAAUGAAACAAAUCCUUAAAGUGCAGUACAAGCUCACAAAGUGACUCUGUAAAGCAGAAUAUUGAAGCGGUCUUGGUUUUUACUACAUUUACAAUAGCCUCAGUGUUUUUUCUUCAGCUCUAGUCCGAGAGGGAAAGAGUUCAGGAGAAACUGUGUGGGAGAGGUGCAGAGCAAAGCCACUGGCACAGGUCCAGAUGUCAAACCGGCACCGCAGAGAAAUUGUGUUUCAGGGGAAAGUAAGGUCAAUCUAAGUCAGGACCAAAGGAUCUGGAGGCUUGAAAAAAGUCAGUGACCAUAGUAAUGAAAUGUACUGAAUAAACUCAGUGAAAGGGAAAGGGUUUCAGCUGUAGCUAUCUGCACUGAAACACAAACAAGCAGCAAUAGAACGCUGAAACUGAAGUUAAUCUUCAACCCUGUGAGGGGUAUUUCCAUGUUCACUCUUUGCUCAAAAACCUUAACUCUCUUUGUUUGGAGUUGUUUUGGACUUUUGUUGUCCUUUUACACUGACAUUCAAGAAAACUAUGUUUCUCACUGGAGAGCCAAAAGUUGAUUGUUGGAUAGCUUUCGGGUUUAGUCAUUAGAUGGAGUUAGGCCAGGUACUAGAAUAAUGAUGGCCAAAAAAUCCAGAUACCAAAACACAGAGGGAUGUUCAGGGGCUUAUUUUUGCUGUCAGCCAGGAAUGUGUUUUUGCUGCGGUAACUUCAAAACAUCCUGCACUUGCGGCCUCUGCAACUCAUAAUCAACACCAUAGCAAAUAGCUCUUCUCCCUGAUUCAGCUUUGUUAAACAUCAAGAUAAACAGGUGGAAUUUGUUGUUGUUUUUUUGUUCCUGUGUCUGUUUCUAAUUUACUCUUCAUAAACUUGACAAAGAAAGACUGGAGUUUCCUCAGGUUAAUCUCCCAAGUCACAUUGUUGUCUCUUCUUUGAUUUGCUCUAAAGUCAUGGCUGCAGCAGUACGGUUACCUGCCCCCAGGAGACUUAAGGACCCAUGCCCUCCGCUCCCCGAACUCAAUCUCCUCAGCCAUCGCUGCCAUGCAAAGAUUCUACGGCCUCACUGUGACCGGCUCCUUUGACCCCAGCACCAUAGAGUGAGCCCUUUGGAAAAUGUUUAAUUAACAUGAAGAAGUUUGCCUUCCUAUAUUCUAAUUCUAAAGUUUUUCCUACCUUUGAUUGAGAGCAUUCUGCCUGUGUUUUGGCAGGGCCAUGAAGCGACCGCGCUGUGGGGUCCCAGACAAGUUUGGUGCAGAGUUGAAGACCAAUCUGAGAAGGAAGCGAUACGCCAUCCAGGGCCUGAAGUGGGAUAAGAACGAAAUAACAUUCUCGUAAGUCUGCAAACCUUUUAAGGAACAUGCAGCUACAACAGAGGCGUGAAUCUACACCUUCAUUUUUCACAUUAUUGUCAUGUUUUUGAGUUUUACGUUAAAGGUUUAACACCAACUUUUCUUGAUAAUAAGAGUACGUUGACUUAAGAAUUGGCCAAUACCAUGUAUUCCUCUGAUACUGGUGUGAAGAAAAAAUAUUCUGUUUAAUUCUUAAAAAUGACCAAUUACGGACAUUGAUAGUUGCCUUGGCUAACAUUCAGCUUCAUGGUAGCACAACACUAUUGUUGAUUUUUAUUAUCACACUGUUAUUUUUGUCAAAGGCCGGGGUUGGACAAAGGAAAAGGACCCAAAAAUGCAGACAAAAGAAAAGGAUUUACUAAAAAGAACUAAAUGAAAAUCAACAAAAAGAGAAAAAUCCAAAAGGCAAAGUCCAAUAAAAAAAGACAGUGGGGAAAAAACCACCAGGAGAGUAGGAACCCACAGAUCAAGGAUCACAGGGAACAGGCAGACACACACACACACACACACAAUGAACCAGCACAGGAGGGGAAAACAGGGACUAUAUACUAGGAAAACUACAGAGAAAAUACACUCAGAUAACAAAACCAGGAAAAAACUAAAUUAACAGAACAUAUCAGGACAAUUUAACUUGAAACCAGCUGAUUUUUAGGGCUAAUUGCUUAUGGUUGUUGUGAAACCUUGCAUUUUCCCUGAUAACAAAUACUUAUAAGUAGCACAGAUACUUAAAAUGGCUUUUUUUUUUAGUUUUCACAAAAUUAUCCAAUAUAAGGAGACAAAGCUUUUUUAAGAGGUCAACUAACUUCACAUCUUCUCUUUCCAUUUCUCCACUCCCCCGCCCCCAUAUUAUCGACUGUUUAGUAUACAGAACUACUCCCCCAAGGUUGGUGAGUACGAGACCCACGAGGCCAUCAGAAAUGCCUUCAAGGUGUGGGAGGGCGUCACCCCGCUGCGGUUCAGGGAAAUCCCCUACAGUUACAUAAGAGACAAGGUGGAAAACUUUGCCGACAUCAUGCUCUUCUUUGCUGAGGGUUUCCAUGGUGACAGCAGUCCUUUUGAUGGUGAGGGGGGCUUUCUAGCACACGCCUAUUUCCCUGGUAAUGGAAUUGGAGGGGACACCCACUUUGAUGCAGCUGAGCCAUGGACUGUCGGAAACCGGGAUUUGAUGGGUGAGGCUCUAAUAAAUCUUUGUUCCGCUGACAUUUUGAUAAAUGAGGGAUGUUUUUCCUCUCUUUGUUGAGUGGUUCCCUAAACCUGAUGAUACAGAUUCAGGGAGUUACUUUAAAUGGUGGGAAUCAGGACUCCUAACAGUGAAGGCUGUGAACACAACACAAGCAGCAGCAUGUCCUGUUUUGUUUCAGUGUGUCUGAGGUACUGAGUGCCCUGGGCCAUGUCAAUAUUACAGAAAUAGAGAAGCCUUUAUUUCACACGAGGCAGCUGUUUUAUUGAGACACAGCUUCCUGUCGCCUAAUCUAUUUCUGAUCUGACUGACGUGAUUAUAGCACACGUACUUUUAUUUGAGUCACUUGAAAACCCCCAUAAUUAUUCCUGUCUUUGGUGCUCAUUUGUCAUAUUGUCACAUGUUUGAGAGAAAGUGUCUCAUCUGCCUUUUAGGUAAUGAUGUCUUCCUGGUUGCUGUGCAUGAACUGGGCCAUGCUUUGGGUCUUGAGCACUCAAAUGACCCUUCAGCUAUCAUGGCUCCUUUUUACCAAUGGAUGGACACUGAGAACUUCCAACUUCCUGAUGAUGAUCGCAGGGGUAUACAGCAACUUUAUGGUGCGUUGUUGACUGUUUACUAUCCAAAUCUCUGUCAAAUUUUUGCUAUAACCAAUAGUCUCCAUGACUGAUCUUUAAGCAUAAGAUCAUUUUCAUAUAUUCUUGGUCACUCAGGGUCCGGAUCAGGUCCUCGCCCUCCUCCUGUAACACCACGUACACCAAAUCACGACCCUAAUCCUACAUAUGCACCUGACACACCUCGCUUUGGCCCCAACAUCUGUGAUGGACACUUUGACACCAUUGCCAUCCUCAGAGGAGAAAUGUUUAUUUUCAAGGUAAGUUCACUUAAACUUGUUUGAUUUUUGAUAAAGCGGUUUGUUGGGCAGUCUGUUUUAAUCUCUGCACUCUCUCUCAGGACAAAUGGUUCUGGAGAGUACGUAACAACCAUGUUCUGGAUGGAUAUCCAAUGCCCAUUGGCCACUUCUGGAGGGGACUGCCCACUCAUAUCACUUCAGCUUUUGAAAGGGAAGAUGGGAAAUUUGCCUUCUUCAAAGGUGAGUUUGACUUUGACACAUUGGUUAACAAACGCAGUCUCCUUUAAAAGCACCAGAAACUUUAUUGGAGCCUAUCAUGAAAUCUUUUUCUGUUGUGUGUUUAUUUUUCUAAACCUACUCUACUUCUUUCUACCAUUUUCCCUCUUCAGGUGACAGGUACUGGGUGUUCACCGAAUCAAUACUAGAGUCUGGUUACCCUAGAAAUCUAAACGAAAUGGGCAAUGGGCUUCCCAAAGAUCGAAUAGACGCAGCUCUCUACUACACUCCCACUGGACAGACAUUUUUCUUCAGAGCAAACAAGUUAGUCAUCUUCUUUAUGAGUCUGUCUGUGGCUAUGUGUGUGUUUGUGUCUCAGUUGUUUAAGAGGAACUGUGCUGAGGUUCAAAAACUUUCUGUUCCAAAGAAGAACCCUUUACGUCACCACAGUUUUAUUUAGAUUUUAACCUUAUAAGGUGCAAAUGCUUGAAGUCAGUUAUUUAUCCUGAGUUACAAAAUCUCCCUCUCACUUGAACAGUAAACUCGCACAGCCCUCCCAUAUUUGUAUGUACAGCACAGUCAUGGUUAUAAAAAAUCACUGGGUAUCAUGUGGCAAACAGUGAUUACAGUGCAAACAUCCACCUACAUAAACAAAGGCAUGACAAGUGUAUGCUUGUAUUUUUAAAAUAUAACUGAGAUUGCACAUACCCAAGAGCAGCCGUGUUUAUUUCUUAUCUUAGUCAUUUAAGACCUCGGCUGGCUGUUUGGAGAGGUAACACAUUCAUCAGUCAUUUUUCUGCAGAAACAACAAUAAUUCUGUGGUCUGUCUAGAGGUGCAGCGCAGCAGAAACACAAACAAUGGAUCAUAGUUUUCUGGGUCAAAAAAGAGUCAUGUCUUAUGUUGUCUGGGAGAAGUCUUACGUCUAAUCUAAAUUUGUGCAGAAAAGCAUCGAGUCAAAUCUGCCUCUGGUUUGAGUUCAGGUCAGAUCCUAAUUCACCCGAGAAAAUUCUAAGUCAAGUCUCAGAUCAUUACCUUUUGAGGAAUUUAGCUUGAGUCCUAAAUCUGUCGAGACAAGUCUCGUCACAAGUCUUAGUCUUACUGAAGCUAAAAAGACCUGGUCCAAGUCUAGUCUCGUUUCUAUCACGUUAAGGCUGAAGUCUGAUAUGUACACCUUAUGUUGAAGGAAAGUUGGUUCUCAAUUUUAGGGCAAGUCUGAAUUAUGUCUCAAGACAAUUGAGUAAGUACCGAUCAAGUCCCAAGACUGUCAAAGUUUGAAGUUUUCGGGUGAGAAUCCUAGUCAGGUCUCUUAUCAGUCAGAACCUCUCCAAUCUCAAUCACUUCUGUUUCAAGUCAAGUCUUUCAGAGGGUCCAAGUACUCAUUAAACAUGUGGACUCAAUUGGACACACCCAUUAGUCCCCAGUCUUUUUGAACAGCUGUGAACACAUAUCUGGUACUUUUUGGGAGAGUCAACUAAAAACCUCAGUUACAAGAAAAAAGUCCAAGUCACAUCUCAAGUCUCAAAUAAGUUUCAAAUAUUUUAUGGAAGGUCCAAGUCAGGUUUCAGUCAACCGAGAUCAGUUCAAGCAUUGUCUAAAGUUCAUUAAUACUUGAAGACAUCUUAAAGCAUCAAGGAAAUUGGGUCAAAAAUCAGCUCAAGCCUCAAUUUAAGAGUGCAAAGGCCAGUCUGUUGAAGCAACUUCGAUUUCAAGUCUUCAGGUUUUUUUUGGCCAAUUUUAAGUCUAAAAGUUCAUGGACGAGUCGACAUAUUACCUCAAGUAUGUCAAAACAUCUCUCAUCAGGUCACAGAUACUUUGGAGCACAGAAAAGUCAAAUCUCAAGUGAUUUGUCCCACAUCAAAUUUAUUUCUAUUAAUAAAAAAUCCCAGGUCUUUUAAGCUAAGUCAGGUCUGAAAUAAUUAAAAUACGUCCAAGAUAAGCCUUUAAGAAAGUCUUUGACAGGGGAACCAAGUCAAGUCUUUUGUCUGUAUGACAGGCCUCAAGUGUUUUUAGGUGUUAAACCUCAGCUAGUUUGAGUCAAACCUCCAGUCUGUGUAUUUUUAAGGUCUUUUAGCGCAUAAGCAAUACAAAACAAAACAUUAAAAACAAGUAAUAGUCAAAUCAAAAGCUUGUCAAGAGAAGUCUACACUCAGAUAUCAAGUCUGGAUGAUAAAUAGAGAGGAAUUCUUCUUGAUUCUAAAUAUGUGACCGCUAACAACCAGAGCUCUUCUUCUCUUAACCUUUUUUUUUUUUUUUUGUCAUUUUCUGUUCAGAUAUUACCGAUUCAAUGAGGAAACCAAAUCUGUUGAUGCUGGCUAUCCAAAAUCUAUUAGUACAUGGCAGGGAGUACCAGAAAACAUCAAGGCAGCCUUCAUGAGUAAAGAUCAAGGUAAGCGUGGUGUGUUUCAAAGAAAUCCCCAACACUAUUUUCUCAUGUGUUGCAGUUUCUUCUGCUUUCAGAUUUGGUUUUCACAUUUCUUUACCCACCUGUUAUUCUUCCAGCUUAUACCUACUUCUACAAAGCCAACAAGUAUUGGAAAUUCAACAACCAGAUGAUGCGCGUAGAGCCGGGAUACCCCAAAUCAGCUCUUCGUGACUGGAUGGGCUGCCCUAACGAAGACCCCAAGACAGAUGGAGGAAGAGGUGGAGGCGGACACGAUAAGGACAAGGAAAGGGAGAAGGACAAGGAGCGUGAAGAUAAGGACAGAACUAGAGAUAGAGAGAGGGAGAGGGAAAGGGAGAGGGAGAGGGAGAGAGAGAGGGAAAGGGAGAGAGAGAGGGACAAGGAGACGGAGAAGGAGGAGGAUACGGAGGUGAUCAUUAUUGAGGUGGAUGAGGAGGAUGGAGUAGGUGGUGGCAGUGGAGCAGCAGCAGUGGUUCUGCCGCUGUUCUUGUUAGUGUGUGUGAUUGCGACGCUGGCAGCUUUGGUGUUUUUCCGUCGGUACGGUACCCCACGCCGACUCCUCUACUGCCAACGAUCUUUACUGGACAAGGUUUAGAUGGAGGAGGAGGUGGGGAAGGAGAGAGAGGAAAAUAUUUGGAGAGAAAGAGAAAAAAGUGGAAAGACAUGUUGAACAGAGAUCCUAAGAUCAGGUGAGAAAGAGAUCAAACUGGAGAAAGAGCAGAAGGAAAAGCACACACUUGCAUUUUAAAAUUUGUACCACUGCCAAAUUUCUUUUGCUCUAUCUCUCAACCACUCAGUCUUUCCAGGAUAUUUCUUUUUCUCUUUGCAAAAGGUUUCCUCCUCUCUCCUUGUGGUUUCCGACGCCAGCUCAUUGCUGUUUGUUUUAGCCUUUUUCAAAGUCCUGUUUUAGAUUGUUUUCUGUGUUUGUGUCUGUGUGAAUCCCCGCUUUGACCCUGCGUCUUCAUGACGCCUGUUCUUGCAUGUCCUUUUAAGUAAGCAAAAAGAGUGUUUGAUCGCCUGUUCUUCCCCCUUUCUAACUGAGACACGCUCACAUUAACACAAACAUUUUGAAAACCACAGUGGCAUAGUCACUGUGUUUCUUAAUCUUCCAGUAAAAGUCACAUGUUAGAGCCAGUGUGGGCCAUAAAAGGAAAACAAAACAUUAGCUCAACUCCUCAUGACGCAUGAGAUCAUUGAAUCAGAGAAAUGCAAUCCUUGUAACUGUGUCUUUUCCUUUUUUAUAUCAAUGUGUUCAGAGCUGAUUUUUAUGAUAAGUGAUGUUGUCAUUACUAUUUUGACUAGUACUAUUAUUUUUGUUGUUCUCUGUGUAAAGAAUGUGUUUUUGUACAUUGUCAUUAAAAAGUCCUGCUGGACAGUGACAUACAUUUUGAAAGUGGCCUUAAUUUUAUAUAUGUGGGGACAGUGAAUGGGGAAAGGGGUUAUGUAUUAAUGAAACUUGAUUGUUUUUUAUUUCUUUUCUUUUUUUUCAACUUGAAUCCAUCUCAAAAUGAAAAUAAAUUGAAGAUCUGAAAAUGACUCUUUUUUUGUCAUUGUACUUGUUUACAGUUCUCGAAUCAUGGUGCUACAUUGCCAGUGAGGAGUUUAAAGAAGUGAAACAACAAUAAUAAUGAUAGUAGUUACUAUGAUAAUGAUAAUAUUAUAGUUUUCUCAAUGAGGUUGUGUGUGAUCUCACUUAUAUUUUUAAGCUCUUUUUUUACAAAAUAAAGUAUUUUAAAAAGC